AUGAGAUACACACUCGCUUUUGCAGCGCUUGCGGCUGUGGCUGUCGCAACGCCAACUCGUCAGCCGGCUAAGAGAGACGCGUGCGACUUGGAGCCGCUUGGUUCUGGCCCUCCAAUCACCCCAGAUGACGACACAACGUUCCUUGAUAGUCCGACCUUGGCAAGCCUUGCACUCAAUGCCCCCGUGCCCUCUGGAUACGCACAGACAUUCUCCAACCUCCAGGGUUCCGUCUCGAGCACCAACUACGUGACCUACACGACGAUGGACGUGUACGACCCUUCUGCAUGUGCGGCCAAGUGCGACGCCGACUUCGGAUGCAACGGCUUCAACCUCUUCUUUGAGCGCGAUCCGGUUCUGGCCCCUGGUGACGCAUGUCCCAACCCUUCCAGCACGACCACCAUCAAGUGUGUCCUCUGGGGCGGGCCUGUGGUUGCCGCCAACGCCGUCAACACGGGCGAACACCGCGUCCAGUUCCACGUCGUCAUCGCCGGGUCCAACGGCUACCGGGCUAAAAAGAACUACGGGGCCAAGGAUCUCACCGCACUCGGCUACUGCCCGGCCAAAUACUUCGGCGAUGGCGCCAUCGCGGCCCCGCCAUCGAGCUACCUUGGCAUCCGAACCUUCGCCGUCGGUGCCCUCGACACGGAGCUCUGCGCCAUGGCCUGCAACGAAUACAACGACUACCUGUUCCAGCACCCUCCGACGGACGGCAGCGCGCCGGUCACGUGCGCCUUCUUCAAUGCAUACUUGCAGCUCCAGAACUCGGCGCUCCAGUAUCAAGCAUGUACUCUGUACGACCAACCCUGGCCUGCAAGCCUUGCCACCAACUACGGCACUCCCCGCAGCGGUGACAACUACACCAUCACCUCGAGCUACGGCUAUACUCACCAGAUUGCGGGGCAGUGUACUUAG